CUCCUCCCCGGGGGUGGCCGAGCAGGAAGCGGGGAGCGCGGCGGGCGGGGGCGCGGUGCGGGGCCCCAGGCGGCGGAGUAUGCGCGGGCCUCGGCGGCCAGCCCCGGCGCACAGCCGCGGCCGGGGCGCGCGGCGCGGGGCGGAAAAGCCUGUUUACACAGACUGCACACCGCCUGGGGAAUAAUGCAGUAAAGGAAGUGAGCCGGCUCGGCCUGACUGCUCCAACUUCCUGCUCUCACACACACCAGAGGAAAAAAAAAAAAAAAAGAGGAGCGAGAGAAAGAAAAAAAAAAGGGGGAAAAAUCAGGAUCUCAUUACAAGAGCAACAGACCGUCUGCAGACGCCUGUCAGCAUGGAAAGUCGGGGACUUUCGCCCGGUUCCUCCUAGAAAUUCCCCCGAAGAAGGAUCUUGAAAACUCCCCCGCAUCUGGGUAUGGAGAGUGCAAUCACGCUGUGGCAGUUCCUGUUGCAGUUGCUGCUGGACCAGAAACACGAGCACCUGAUCUGCUGGACCUCCAACGAUGGUGAGUUCAAGCUCCUCAAAGCAGAAGAAGUGGCCAAGCUGUGGGGACUCCGGAAAAACAAAACAAACAUGAACUACGACAAGCUGAGCAGAGCCCUGCGAUACUAUUAUGACAAGAACAUCAUCAAGAAGGUGAUCGGGCAGAAGUUUGUGUAUAAAUUCGUCUCUUUCCCGGAGAUACUGAAAAUGGACCCUCACGCGGUGGAGAUCAGCCGGGAGAGCCUUUUGCUGCAGGACAGCGAGUGCAAGGCACCCCCCGAGAGCCGCGAGGCCCACAGACACGGCCUGUCCGCCCUCAAGAGCGCCAGCCGCAACGAGUACAUCCACUCGGGCCUGUACUCGUCCUUCACCAUCAACUCCCUGCAGAACCCACCCGAGUCCCUCAAGGCCAUCAAGACGGAGAAGCUGGAGGAGCAGCCGGAAGACAGCCCUCCCGUGGAAGAAGUCAGGACUGUCAUCAGGUUUGUGACCAACAAAACCGACAAGCACAUCAGCAGGCCCGUGGUGUCCCUGCCCUCCACGUCGGAGGCCUUCCUGGCCUCGUCCGUCUCCGCCAAGAUCUCCUCUUUAAUGUUGCCAAACGCCGCCGCUAGCAUCUCGUCCGCCUCGCCCUCCUCGUCUCGGUCCCCGUCCCUGUCCCCUAACUCGCCCCUCCCCUCCGAACACAGAAGCCUCUUCCUGGAGGCCGCCUGCCAUGACUCGGAUUCCCUAGAGCCCUUGAACCUAUCAUCGGGCUCCAAGACCAGGUCUCCAUCUCUUCCCCCAAAGGCCAAAAAACCCAAAGGCUUGGAAAUCUCCGCGCCCCCGCUGGUGCUCUCCGGCACCGAUAUCGGCUCCAUCGCCCUCAACAGCCCGGCCCUUCCCUCGGGAUCCCUCACCCCAGCCUUCUUCACCGCCCAGACACCAAAUGGAUUGCUUCUGACCCCGAGUCCACUGCUAUCCAGCAUACACUUCUGGAGCAGCCUUAGUCCAGUAGCUCCACUGAGCCCCGCUCGGCUGCAGGGGCCAAACACGCUGUUCCAGUUCCCUACACUGCUUAAUGGCCACAUGCCAGUGCCAAUCCCCAGUCUGGACAGAGCUGCUUCUCCAGUACUGCUUUCUUCGAACUCUCAGAAAUCCUGAUGACAUCUGGCCACAAUUAAAGACUCAUUAACUGAUGAAACAAAUUUGUCCCCAUGGGCUAGUUUACCUGUGUCGUGAGAAGGACGUUGUGAAACCCGUCUGUUAAUUUGGUUUGCACUUUUCAUAACAUGGAUGGUCUAGAUUUAUGUUAGCAUUUUAAAAACUUUUUUAUAUUCAAGUAUAUAUGAAAAUCUGUUUUGCAUUAAGUGAAUUUUAAUGUUUUUGUUUUUAUAUCUUCUUAGCUCUUAAGUGUUGAACACUGUUGACAGUGAAGAACUUUUCUUAAUGGUUUUCAAUGUAACUAAUAAGGAUGUGAAGCUUUUUUCCUCUUUAAUUCUGCAUAUGCUGAACUGUGCUUAUAUACACUAUAACCAGCUGUGCCUUCCUUUGCAUUUAGUUUAAUGUAAAUGAUUUAUAUAUUUUUUAGUAUUAAGAGAAAUUGUUUGAAAGACAAAAAUUAGUAUCAAACAGCUCUCUAGUAGAAUUUCAUUAUUUUUCACAAGUAGGCAAUAUGAAAGCAGAUUCAUAUUACUUUUUCUUUUUUGCUUUCAACUGUAUGAGAAUUGCCUUAGAACCUCUUUUGAACUGAAAUUCAGUGAAUAUAAUGUCCAAGUAAUGUUUUUAUAAGAAAAAACUAAGCCAUAUUUAGACAAUAAACUUUCAUAAAAGAGAAUACUCUAAAGUGCAUUUUUUGAGAAAUGAACGUUGAAAGGCUAGCUUCCUGUUUACAAUCUUUUAGACUCCUUCCAAACAAAAACCUGAGAUGGAAAAGCUAUAUAAAGUUCACUCUAUCCAUGCCCCUGGAAUAAUUCCUAGGUGAGCACAUUCUUGUUUAAAAAAAUUAACCUGGUUCUCCCAGUUUUCCAUAGAGAAUCAUACCUCUCUGAUGCAUUUACUGUGUCAUUAUGUUAGGGUUUCUCUAAACCCCAGAAACUAUAAUUAACAUUUAAAAAUCCUAUGCUUUGGAAGAGGUUCACAGACUGGUGAUGAAUACAAAUAACAAAGAAACAAUUUUGUAACACCAGGUGUCUUCAUGUGUAUAGGUAUAGCCUUGCUUGUGGAAACUGAGAGGUGUAGGAUACACUGCUUUAUGUGUUACUGUUUAUGGUGAGAAUGAAGGAAAACUGAUAAAAGAAAUAUAAAAUUCUUCAGGAACCUCAUCAUUGUGGAACUGAACUGAUUAUGUAACAAUUUGGAAUACUCAGCAGUAAAUUCUUUUGUGCAGUGUAGUUUAGAGUAGUGAUAAUAGAAACAUAUUUUCUGUUCCUUCAAAAAAUCAGCAGGCACCAGUCUACAGUGCCAUUCUGUAUAUGAAGCAGUAAAGUUCUCAUGUAAGAUAAAAGAACUGGAAAGUGCCCAGUGCUUUCAAUGCAAGAUUAAGUUAAUUAUCAUCCUUAACUGUAACAGAAACCAAUUUGAAAUGUGGCUAAAUAAUUCACUGAUCCAAAUGAGGCAUUAAAUGGCAGGGAUUAUGAGAAAGGGUAAAAAAUAAAGGUUGCCAAAACAAAUAUUUCUUGAAUUUUCAGGAAAUCUAAAAUUUUGUUUUGACACUUACAAAGCUUGAGAUUUUCAAUUGGAAUUGAGCAUCUCUGUGUUUGGGGAUGUAUGCCCUUAUCUGGGGAAAAAAAUCCAAACACUCCAAUAUGCAUCUCUGAAUAUAAAAUAAUGGGUCUGGUUCCAAAAUCUCCAAAUAGACACUACUGUCACUCCCUUACAGGCUAAGGAUAAUUCUUAAAAUAAAAAUACACUUAAAAUAAAAGAGCUGGUCCAGGGGACUGGUAUUCACCAAACAUAAAAUGUUAGAAGAGGCCUUUGAGAAUGCAUCCAACCACCAUUUCCAGGUAAGGACAACUGCACAGGAGAAGUGGGAGUUGCCUAAGGCUACAUAGUUCAUUAAAGGUAGAACAAUGAUUGGUGCUCAGUCCAGUUCUAGUUCCCCACGCCUAGCUAUAGGUAACUACUGGUCCAAAACUGUAAGGUAGAAAAAAACAAAAAAAAAAAGCAUUAAAAAAACCCCCUGUUUUGUCAGAUAAGAGCACACCUCAAAUUCAAGAUUCUUACAGAGAAACUAAGUCAAUGUGCAAAAACCUAAACCAAAAAUAUUAUUUUAAAUGUAAAUGUUGAAUGUAAAUCUGAUUCUUGUACUCCCUUCCUCCAAAUACUAUGAUUAACAUACACUCUAGCUCCAGUUACUAGAAAUGGAAAAAUACAAUAAUUUUUGAUGGAUCAAAAAACUCACUAUAACACAAAUAGAGAACUGGAGGUAUUGAAGUAUAACACUUAUAGCUCUGACUCAUUCUGUGUGUUGGGUUUGUUUGUUUUUUUAAACAAUUAUUUUAGUCAGAAAAUAGGUUUCAAAGAACAUAAGAAAUAACUUUGUUUUCCCCUUUUUAUAUGUUUGCUUGAUCAGUGUUAAAAUGCUAUGGUAAAGUUUUAUAGAACUAUAACCUAAAUGUUGGUCUCUUUGUACACAUCUUUUCUAUGACUGCAAAUCUUCAUUCAACUUUCAUAUAUGUAUCAUUUUUACUGUUAUUUUUGUUCAAUAAAUACUUUGUGAUAAAAGGUG